AUGUCAUCCGCGCGAAAGGUGCAAAAGGUUAUGGUUCAGCCCAUUAACCUUAUUUUCCGAUACCUGCAAAAUCGCACGAGGAUUCAAAUUUGGUUGUAUGAGGAUGUUACUCAUCGCAUCGAAGGAUAUAUUAUUGGUAAGUUUACAAAGAGCUCAGUUUGCGAAUACUCUGUAACGGUUCUUUUCCAUCUUUCCUGUUGCUUUUCUCCAGGUUUUGAUGAAUACAUGAAUGUCGUUUUGGACGAAGCUGAGGAGCUGAACAUGAAAACUCAAAGCCGCAACAAGCUGGGUCGUAUUCUGCUCAAAGGUGAUAACAUCACGAUGAUUCACGCCGUUACCGUAUAA